AUGUUGCACACCCGCGGCGACGCGGCGCUCGACGAGGGACAGCUGCUAGUCCUGACGAUCCUUACCCGUGUUGCCUCAGCCCUCUCCGCUCUCGGUGUCUUGACCAUUAUCACGACCUACUGCCUGUCGAAGCACUUUCGCAACCCCAUGCACCGUCUUAUCGUCAUUAACGCCUUUUACAACGCCCUCGAUGUGACAUGUACUAUGAUUUCGACGAGUGGGCCGGCGGCCGGGAACUCGUCUACACUAUGCCAGUUUCAGGGGUUUCUAAACCAAAUGUUUCCCAUCGCAGACGUCCUCUGGACUAUGGCCAUGGCGGUCAACGUGUACUUGAUCGUUUAUCGCAGCUACGACAUCGAGUCGCUCCGACGCCUCGAGUGGAAGUACAUGGUGGGAAUCACGACCGUCACCUUUAUCCCGGCCCUAGUGCUUCUCUUUAUCCACACCGACGAGAAUGGCCCCAUCUAUGGUGCGCCAUCGCCCCUAACAGCCAAGCCAAACGCCACCGUCCUCGACGAGGGCAUCCCACCGGCAUGCAUCCACCACCACCACCACCAUCACCACGACUCCUCCUGCGGCAACUCUACUACCGCCGAAUAUGACAGCAGCACCAGCCAUCCACACCCACACCCAGCAUCAACAUCGACAACAACCGACGAAUCCCCCUCCCCAACCCUCACCACAGACAUCGACACCGCCCCCCACAACCUGAAAUACCCCCAACCCCAAUACGCCGCCUCCACCGCAACGCGCAUCAUCCCGGCUAACCCUUCCUCCCUCUCCUUCCGCCAAUACAUCCUCAUGCCGCUCUUCUUCUUCCUGGCACUGUUACUAGUGUGGGUGGCGCCGUCGACCAACCGGGUCGCGUCCUUUGUGGACCCGCACUCAUCGUCCUACCCGCUGAUGCUGACGGUGGGGGUGAUGGGGUCGCUGCGCGGGUUUUGGAACGGGAUCGUUUUUGUGGUGGUGGGCAUGCGCUCAUGGAAGAGGAGGCGGGAGUCGGAUGAGGUCGCGUUGAGGCCGGUUGCAUGUUCGGGGGAUGGGAGCGGGAGGGGGGAGUGUUAG